CCCCUCCAUCCGCGCCAAGUUUGUAGUGAAGGACGGUAGCGGAGAGUGAACGAAGGGGGGCACAUAGAAGCUUUGAGAUCCGCUCUUUAAAACCGCAAUCUCUCAUCGUUACCAUCACAAUCACCACCAUAUUCCCCAAUACAUACCGCGCCAUGUCGACAGUAACCUUUCGAUUGACCUCGGCCACACACUCAAUCCCGAUCGACGUGGAUCUGGCAGCUGCUAGGCAGGAAUUUGUCAUCGACGGCCUCGUCGUGCUCCAGCAUGCAGUCCUGACACCCGACGAGAUCGAUUUCAUCAUUGGCGGCGCGGCAGCCCGCGCAACCACGUCAAUCUCACAUCUCGGCACUUCUUACCGCGUCGAACUGCAAGGCGGACGAUACCUUGACACCAACCCUGGCGACAUCGUCCUCUCCAACCACGCCCGCAUCAAGAACGACCUCAUCGCCCGCCCCCCGGCGCCCGCAUCCCCAGUUCCUGCCCACCGCCAACUGCGGCCCCCGAAGACGUGGUACUGCCCGAUCCCGGGGUGUUCUAGCAGCUUCAAUCGCAGCGACAAUCUGCGCCGGCACCUGAAAGACGUCACACGGGGGCCACAGCACAUCCAGUACGUGGCGCGACAGCCCGACGCACCGAUAGUUGCACCGAGUAACCCCCCUCCUCCCCCCAUCCCUCUCGCCGUCGCCGCGACUAAUCCCGGUAGAUCGAGUCAACACCGCGGUCGAGCGGCUAGCAUCCCGCUACCCGAGCGUAGCGCUGGUGCCGGAGGCGCGCGGAUUCGAGGAGGUCCCCGACGUGGAGGACAAGUUCUCGGCCAUCUGUAGGGGCGUCCAUGCCGUGUUGGCGAAGGAGUUUCCCGAAUUCAACCUGUGGGCCGAGGUAAGGUUCGGCGGGAACAGAGCGGACGAGGACGCUGCCGUCGCCACCGCCGCUGCCGUCGCCGCCUCGGC